AUGCCUCAGACGAUGCCUCUUCCAGAUCCUGAGCCUGACUCGAUAGUGGUCGAGAAGACAGCAGAUGGCGUCACCACGAUCGGGAUCAAUAGACCAGAGAGAAAAAACGCCAUAAAUCCGCCAACCGCCACGAAAUUACGAGCAGCCUUUCUUGACUUUGAACGGGACUCCAGCCAGAAGAUAUGUGUGUUCCAUGGUACCGGGGGCACGUUCUGCUCUGGCUUCGACCUCAGCGAGCUCAGGAAGUGGGAUAAACCAGACGAGUGCACCGACAGAUCCAAGGCAGAGAGCAUCACCCGCUCGCACUUCAAGCCCGUGCAGGGAAGAAACGAAGCACCGCUAGGGCCGGGACGGAUGCAGAUCGAGAAGCCCGUCAUUUGCGCUAUAUCAGGCCAUGCUGUUGCGGGAGGCAUGGAACUAAGUUUGCUAGCCGACAUUCGAGUGGUUGAAGAGGACGCCAUCUUCGGGAUAUUCAGUCGACGGUUUGGAGUGCCGUUGCUGGAUGGCGGGACGGUCCGGCUUCAGGAGAUCAUUGGCCUGGGGAGAGCGUUGGAUAUCCUGCUCACCGGCCGGCCGGUGGGAGCGACUGAGGCCUUGCACAUAGGGCUGGCCGCCAAGGUGGUGCCGAAGGGGGAGGCCUUCAAGGAAGCCAUGAAGCUGGCGCGGUCUUUGGCCGCCGUGCCCCAGGAGUGUCUGAAUGCGGACCGAAAGGCAUGUUAUAAUGCUGCUUACAACUCUCCUUCCUUUGAGGAUGCGUUAUCGUAUGAGUUUGAGGAAGCCGUCAAAGUCAGCGACCUGGCUAUCAACAAGGCAAUCAAUUUUAAUAAACGGGAGAAGGCAAGGCUGUGA